AUGGCAAGUAACAAUCACCACCGUUUAGACUCUUCCGGCAGUGACAUUUCAGUUUAUGUAGACGCAGACGCUACUCCUUCAGGGUGUGUUGACAGGGAUUCAUCAAUUGCGUCGCAAAAUGUUGUGGCUGAACCGUCGAAUCACAGUAAGAAAGAUGCUAAAGUUGGAAAGUACAGUGGAUUAUUGGCUAAGUUCUUUGAUGAGAAUGUUCCUUUCAAGAAAAGGCUGAGAUGGUUAAAAAAAGCUUCAAUGGUUAAGGAUGACGGUACUGUAGAAAUUGAUGUUCUGGGACAUAUUAAAGCUCAGUCUCCAGAAAAUAGUUUUGAGCCUUGCAACGAAACAUUCGAUGAGGAUAUUCAACCUAUCCGACCGCAACAAAUUGCAAUGCUUAUAGUUGGUACACGGGGAGAUGUCCAGCCAUUUGUUGCCAUUGGGAAGCGUCUGCAGGCAGACGGCCACAGGGUUAGGCUUGCUACUCAUAAAAAUUUUGAAGAUUUUGUCUUGAAAGCAGGCUUGGAGUUUUACCCUUUAGGAGGAGACCCCAAAGUUCUUGCAGGGUAUAUGGUCAAGAAUAAAGGCUUCUUGCCAUCAGGACCUUCAGAAAUACAAUUACAAAGAAGUCAAAUCAAGUCUAUUAUUCACUCUCUGCUUCCUGCAUGCAACAGCCGGUACCCAGACUCAAAUGAACCAUUUAAAGCAGAAGCUAUAAUUGCAAACCCUCCAGCAUAUGGGCAUACUCAUGUUGCUGAGUAUCUAAAUGUUCCGCUGCACAUAUUCUUCACAAUGCCAUGGACGCCUACUAAUGAAUUUCCCCACCCUCUUUCCCGAGUUAGGCAGCCGAUUGGAUACAGACUGUCUUAUCAAAUAGUUGAUGCUUUAAUCUGGCUUGGAAUACGAGAUUUGAUAAAUGAGUUUAGGAAGAAGAAGCUGAAGCUAAGAGCUGUUACUUAUCUACGUGGAUCUUACACUUCCCCUCCUGAUAUGCCCUAUGGUUAUAUUUGGAGCCCCAACUUGGUCCCUAAACCAAAAGAUUGGGGACCUAACAUUGACAUUGUUGGAUUUUGUUUCCUUGACCUUGCUUCAAAUUAUGAACCACCAAAACCGCUGGUAGAUUGGCUUAAAGAAGGAGACAACCCUAUCUAUAUUGGAUUUGGUAGCCUCCCUCUACAGGAACCCGAAAAAAUGACAAGAAUUAUAGUUCAAGCUCUGAAACGAACAGGGCAGAGAGGUAUUAUCAACAAAGGGUGGGGUGGUCUUGGGAAUUUGGCAGAACUAAAUAAAUCCAAAUCUGUGUACUUACUGGACAACUGUCCGCAUGAUUGGCUAUUUCCACGAUGCACUGCUGUGGUACAUCACGGGGGAGCUGGAACAACUGCUGCUGGUCUUAGAGCUGAAUGCCCAACCACUAUUGUACCAUUCUUUGGGGACCAGCCAUUUUGGGGAGAGCGGGUGCACGCCAGAGGAGUAGGUCCCGCACCCAUCCCAGUAAAGGAGUUUACAUUGGAAAGGCUGGUUGAUGCCAUACGUUUUAUGCUGAAUCCAGAGGUGAAAAUGCGGGCUGUUGAACUUGCCAGUUCCAUGAAAAACGAAGAUGGGGUUGUGGGAGCAGUUAAUGCCUUCUAUAAACAUUAUCCGCGCCAAGAUCCUGAUGCUAUGGCUGAGUCCAAGCCAGUAGCCUCAGUACAUAAACAGUUAUCUAUAUGCGAAUGCUUUGGUUGCUACAAGUCUUCUAAUUAA